AUUCGUCCUUAAAAUGGGUCGGCACAGUUAUUUGGAAAUAACACUGCUGUUGUUGGUUUGUUUGUCCAUACCAAUUUGUCAAAGUCUAAACAAUGGUUUGGCUCUUACUCCACCAAUGGGAUGGUUGUCAUGGCAACGAUUUAGAUGUAACACAGAUUGUGUAAAUGAUCCAGAGAACUGUAUCAGUGAGCAGCUGAUAAAACGUCAGUCUGACUGUUUGGUUAGUGAAGGAUACCGUGACCAUGGUUACGAGUAUGUUACCAUUGAUGACUGCUGGUCAGCUACAGAGAGAGACAAGGAUGGAAAACUCCAACCAGAUCCAGACAGAUUUCCAAAUGGAAUCAAGAAACUAUCUGAUUAUGUACACUCAAAAGGCUUGAAGUUUGGGAUAUACGGAGACUUUGGUUCGAAGACGUGUGCAGGUUACCCCGGCAGUGAAUAUCACAUGAAGUUAGAUGCUCAAACAUUCGCAGACUGGGAGGUUGAUUUGCUCAAAUUUGAUGGCUGUAAUUCUGAUAUCAAAGAUGCACCGAAAGGAUACCCAGCCAUGACAAAAUAUUUGAACAUGACGGGACGUCCUAUAUUAUACUCCUGUGAGUGGCCAUUCUAUAACUGGCAACAUGGCAUCAAGUCCAACUUCACUGCUAUACGGAACACGUGUAACAUGUGGCGUAACCACUGGGACAUCCAGGAUUCAUGGCAGAGCGUUACCGGAGUUAUACAAUACUUUGUAAAGAAUGACAAACAGUUCAGGUCAUUUGCUGGACCAGGGGGAUGGAAUGAUCCAGACAUGUUAGUUAUAGGUAACUAUGGCCUUAGUUAUGACGAGGAGCGUGCACAGAUGGCAAUGUGGGCAAUACUAGCUUCUCCAUUAAUAAUGAGUCUUGAUGCAUGCAAUGUAAGGCCACGGUCCAAAAGCAUACUGCAAAACAAAAAUGUAAUAGCUGUAAACCAGGACAAACUUGGAAUACAGGGCUCCUUGAAGCUUGUACAGGAAUCUGUGUACAAACUUCAGAUAUGGACCAGGCCUAUAACACCACAUGGAAGCUACGCUAUCGUAAUUUUAAAUCUGAGAAAGGGAGGAGGGCCGUCAGCUGUUAAUUUCACACUCACUGAUCUCGAUAUUUAUAACUCUGAUGGAUACAACCUGACGGAGACAUUUGAUGGAAAAUAUUUAGGAAUAUACAAAUCUAACGCUACCUUCAAAUGCAAGGUAAAUCCAUCCGGUGUAUAUAUGAUCACUGCUGUACCUGUGACGUAUGUGGACAACAAAUUGAGAUUUGUACCAAGAAAUGAAAGUAUUUCAUCAGAAAAGAGACAAAAUGAUAGGAUUUAGACUGUGAUAUUGGUUGUUUUAAUGAAUGCCAGGGCAAGUCAUUUCAAGCUUUAGGUGCCUUUGGUGGUCCUGAUCAAGAGUGGGCCUGUAGGGUUAAGCAGCACUAACAGAACUUUUUUUCACCUAAUUUCUAUAGCACUCAGACGCCUACUCCUUAUUUAUCCCUUACCAUUUUAAUGUAGGUUUUAGUCUGUGCCCAGUCAGUAAACCAGUCAUGCAUGAAAACAUUUAUGACUACAAUAAAACUUGGGCACUUCUUUCUACAAUGUAUAUUGUGUAAACAUCUAAUACGGAGUUAUAUCAAGAAAAUUGCAUGUACCUGCAAGGAAAUACUUAAGCUCAUGUAACACUUCAGUUCUUUGAAAUAUGAUUGAAAGUCCACAAUUUAUUCUGCUUAACUAAAUGGCUCAAAUCCAUUUUCUUGGACAAACUUGGCAGGGUGCAAGGUUACAAAAGUGAGAUUGGACUCCAUUCUCAGAAUACAACAUUUUCAUUGGUCAUUUUUAAGACUGAGCUUAGAAUUAACCAAUCAGAUGCUGGAUAUUUGAGACUUGUCUCCAAACUUAAGUUUUGUUUGCUUUGAUUCGGGCGUCUUUGAAGGCUUAGUAACAUAAAAUCUUAUUUUUGAGACAUCCUGUAGAUAAAGUCUUUUCUGAAAUAUUCUAACUGGCCAGAUUUAUUUCAUUUUUAAACAAAGAUGAACCUUUGUGUUAUUAUGCAACUCAUACAAAGGUCACAAUUAUUAUAUACCCAUUUUGAAAAAAAUGGAUGUAUUAUGUUAUGGUGUGUGCAUCCGUCCGUCUGUCCAUACCCCAUAAUUUGUGUCCGGUGCAUGACUUCAUAAUCAUUAAAGGUAUUGACUUUAAAAUUGGCAUAACGAUGUGCAGAGUGCUUGAACCUGCUCUGUAGGUCAAAGGUCAAGGUCACAAAUUGAGCUCAUAGGUCAAAACUGUCCAUCAUAUUUUGUGUCCGGAGCAUAACUAAAUAACCAUGCAAGGUACUGACUUCAAACAUGGCAUGUAGGUAAGUGGCAAUGGGACGCUAUGAAGAACAUAUGAAACUGGUCGGUACUCACAAUUUUUAGCACAAAGGUCAAAUUUGUCUGUCAUAUGAUAUUUAGUGUCCAGAUGAUAACUUAUUACCCAUUCAAGGUAUUGACUUCAAACUUGGUAUGUUGGUAGGUGCCUAGGUGGUGAUGAAACAUAUGCAGAGCAUGAACCAGGGUGGUAGGUCAAAGGUCAAUGUCAAAUCUGCCCAUAUUUCAUGUCCAGAGCAUUAACUUAAAAAAUAUUGAAGGUAAUGACUUGAAAUGUGGCAUAUAGGCAGGUGGUGAUGAGACAAUGUGCAGACUGCAACAGUCUACUUGCCGUCAUUGUGAACUUGACCUUAAAAACAAUGUCUUAUUAUUACUUUUUAGAGAAUGCUUGGGCCUAUGUCUUUCCAACUCCAUAGUCAGUAGAUGAAUGCUGUUGUUUUGGGUCAAAGGUCAAGACUAAAACUUUUACUCCACAUACCUGCUACAGAACAUCUUGGUGGGCAUAUGUGUUUUACAAAGAACUCGUGUUAUAACAUGCUUCUGCUAAAUGUAUAUAUAUAUUUUUUGAUUAUUAUAUUUUUAAUAAGUAAAGAAGGAGAUCAAAUAUUAUAGACCUAUGUAAAGUGUUUUUUGCUUUGCAUACGGAAGUUUGUUUUUGUUCAUUUUCUAUUGAAUUAAAUUGUUAAUGAUACUGCUGUUGUAAGGAAAAACAUACUUAGUCUUCACUAAAGCUAAAAGGCAUUUUAUAAUGUAUCUCAUAACAAUGUUAUAUGAGUAAAUAUGCGAUAUAAACAUAGACAUACUGCCCCUACACAAUUGAUGAGUUCAUAAUGAAAUAAAUUACAUCCGUUAUUAAAAGAGUUCAUCACAUAAAAUGGACAUACAAUGCGACACAUUUAAUUUCAAAAUUUUUAGUACAUAAUUAUAAAUGUAUGUGAGUUUUCAUAUAAUAAAUAUUUUUAGAUAUAUACAUGAGAUGUAAUUGUGUUACUAAUGAUAAUACAUGUAUAUUUUUUUGUGAAUUUUAUUUUUGAUAGUAAAUUUUAUACAAGGUGUUCUGAAUAGAAAAUAUAUCAUGUAGCUUAAGAUAUAUAUAUUGAUACAUGUUUUGUAAAAUUUAUUUUUGAUAGUUAAUAUCAUACAAAUUGUUCUUUUUAUAUCUCAGAGUUAUGAAUCUUCAUCCUCAACUACCUCCUGUAACUUUUUGUUUUUUGAUGCUCUGUUUAAAGUUGUAAGAAUUUUUAUUAAAGAGAAAAAACUGAGGGAGACAACUUGAGGGAUAUGCUGAAGUAGGACUUUUUUGAUUGCGUAUUGUUGGAAGCCUAUUUUUUAUAAUUGUACAAAAUUAAAAGUUAAAGGGAUACUCAAGUGUGUUUUCAAGACAGAUUCAUUAUUUUCCUAUAUGAAAUUAGGCGGCAAACUAAAGGAAACAGGUAGAAGCUGUUUUAUCGAAUCCUGCUGUGAUAGUCACUGUAUGGCUGUGAUAUUGCAGAACUGCGUAACUUAUUGUUCAGUCAAUAAUCUGAACAUAAUAUAGAAAUUAUCUCACCUUGUCAGCUGUAAAAAAUAAUUACCUAUAAAAAGAGAUGUGAAAUAUGACAUUUUGCAGGAAUUUCCAUGUUUCCUGACAUAGCUUAAGUCUGAUUAGAAAAUACGUGAAAAUUGGGUACUUAUUUUGUCUGAGUAAGAAAUACUCUAUCUAAACAUGUCAGUAAAAUUUAAGAAACAUUGAUUCCACAAUAAUUAAAGGGAUUUUAAUUUUUCAUCCACUAUUCCACAUGUGUAUCCCUUUAAAGGUGAGCCAGCCUAGAACGAAGACGUCACCACCGAGGCGCAUAGUGCUGAGGGCUGGCAGGUAUGGGAGUAGGCUUCUACUCAUGUUAGGGGGUCAGUGGAGGUCUUUUUCCCCUGAAUAUUGUCGAAAUACAGUUACGAAAUGGUGGCCUCUGGUGCAUUUACUGGUGGGGGUACUCACCUCAUUUUAGGGGGGUCAGAGGGGCUCUGCUGCUGGAAAUUUUUGAAAUACAGGCAUGAAAUGGUGGCCUCUGGUGCAUUUUUAGGUCUUAAUUUUGAGGUAAUGGAGGAGUUACUCCCCUCUUGAUGGGGGAUGGGGUCAGGGGGCUGUCCCCCUGGAAAAUUUGAAAUACAGGUAUGAAAUGGUGGCCUCUGUUGUGUUUCUGGGUCUAAACUUUGAAAAAAUAUUAUUCCUUUGCCAAAAUAGUAGGGUGCAUCUUUGAUGAGUAUAGGUCACUUCUCAGCCAACAGUGCCCCCUCGGUACGGCCCUGGAUCCAUCUUUUGAACAAAUUACAAGAUCUACAAAAUAAUAAAAGUCAUAAAUCAGUAUUAUGUAACAUGAUUAUGGCAUAAAGAACAGCUGAAUUCCUUCUAUUUAAAAAAAAAAUCAUAUAUUUUGUAUAGGAGAUACUUGUAUCUCAGAUGUGAUAUUUUGUUUCUGUUCAUUUUAUUAAUGUUUUGUUGACUUAACUUAAGUCAUAUUAUGUUUUUGUCACAUAAUAUUGUUUAAAGAGUUAAUCUUCGCAUUAUAAGAUUAACAACAAACACUGCAUGUAUGAAAUAGGUUUCACUAAGGCCGCUUGCAUACACUAUAGUAUAGACUGAAUCAGCAUGGCAUGCGCAAAAGAUUGCGUAUAACAUACAAAGCAUCAUGGGAAGGUUAUCAAAUACUGUUACAUCUUUUCUCUUUUACGAAAAAGAAGAUAAUACUGAACUCUAGCUUAGUAUUUGUGGUUUAAGUUUAAGUCAUUAGGUGUUGCUAUGCUAAGUAAUUUCAAUAUUAACAUUGAAAAGUCAGUAACAAUCACACUUGCAUAUGUUUAGCAUAUACUGUCUUGAUAUUCAGAUUCCAUCGUUUAUCAAUUUAUAUAAUUAUAAACAUCAUGUGGCAUAGUCCUUAUACUUAGUGGCAUUCGUACAAUACGACCAGAUCUUGUCUGCGUUACCGGUGUUGCAGGUGUUUCUGAAUUCACUGACUGACCGAUUGUUUGCGGUUUCAAUUCCAUUUCAGUUCGAGAAUCUGUCUGGGGUAACAACUCUUGGUCAUUAUACUUUCGGAUCUAUGUCUACAGUCUCCUCCCUUUGUUCAUUGAAAAGUUAACUCGUUUCUAUUUCGGUUCACUACUGUGUCAUUUUCACUAAGAAUAUUAUAAGAGCGCGUUUGCGGUUUUUCGACAACAGUUCCUUUUUCCCAAGUUUUAUUCCUUUCAUUCGGCUGUUUUCUUACCGAAUCACCAGCUCGCAAACAGUCUAAUGACUUCACAUUCCUGUUAUACUAGUAGGCUUUUCUGUCUUUGCUUUUCUGAAGUUUAGCCUUAUUAUUUAAAGGUAUGCUAGGCUGAAACUGAUUUGAUCUCUCCAGUAGUAAUGUUUGUGUUUUUCUGUUCAUCAGCUGCUGAGCUGGACUGUGACUUGUGGCCUGUUUGGAUGUAUUUCUUAAAUUGACAAGUGCGAGCAUCGGGUCUAUGCGAAUGUUUUGCUUUUGUCAUAAUAUGUUUCGCUGUCUUCAUUUUCAGCUUUUCCGUUUGAUUGCGGAUACCUUGCAGAUGAAGUUACAUGCGUGAAAUCCCGGCCAUUUCCUUGAAAAUGAUUUGAACUUUUCUGAUCUGUAAACACUUGCGUUAUCUGAGAUCACUCGUUCUGGAAUUCCAUGCCUUGCAAAAUGCUGUUUCAACUUGGCGACUCUUUCCUUCGACGUUGUUUCAUACAGUUGAUCUUUUUCAAAGAAAUUACUGAAAUAAUCUACAGUUACCAAAUAAUCAUUCACUGCUGAGAUAAGUAAGAAUAGUCCUCUGAAUCGGAAUGAUUACUUUAGCAUUGUCUCUUAAGCAUUCAUUUAGCCAAUUUGCAUCCGACACCAUGUUUAAAGAGUUAAUCUUCGCAUUAUAAGAUUAAAGGUCCAAUACUAAGGAAAGUGAACAUUUUAAUUUCUUUUAAAAAGCACGGAAACUAUUUCAUUUUAUUGGAAAAUGAAAGUUGGUAUGUAGAAAUUCGAAAUAAAUCGCAGUAUAUGUACAAUUAUUUUUCUAUGAAGUAUGAAGAAAGUUAAAAAGACCUGGGGGGUCAUUCUGUCGAUUCAUUGAAAUUUCAACAUAAUACACAUACAUUUCUUUGAGUUCCAAAGACCUUCUGUAAAUUUUGACCUGCCAAUCUUCAUUAUUUAGUGUCUUGCAGAAGUCUAUGCACUGGCUAUGAAAAAAAUUGCCUACUCACUUUCCCUUAGUAAUGGACCUUUAACAACAAAAAUUGCAUGUAUGAAAUAGGUUUUACUAAGGCUGCUUGCAUACACUUUAGACUGAAUCAGCAUGGCAUGUGCAAUAGAUUGCGUAUAACAUACAAAGCAUCAUGGGAAGGUUAUCAAAUACUGUUAUAUAUAUAAAUCAACGUUUUAAUGUUAUGUCUUUUUGACAUUACUUGAGGUCCAAUUUACUUGUGUAUCUUGAAAAAGGCAUUCUAAGCUAAUAUUGUGUUGGUGUUGAGCUUUUUAUAGUAUUAUUCUAUUUUUCACCUAUUUUUAGCUCACCUGAGCACGAAGUGCUCAAAGGUGAGCUUUUGUGAUCGCCCUGUGUCCGUCGUCUGUUGUCGUCGGCGUCAACAAUUUGACUGUUAACAAUCUAGAGGUCACAAUUUUGAGCCAAUGUUAAUGAAACUUGGUCAGAAUGUUACACGCAAUAAAAUCUUGGACGAGUUCGAUAUUGGGUCCUCUGGGGUCAAAAACUAGGUCACCAGGUCAAAUCAAAGGAAAAGCUUGUUAACACUCUAGAGGUCACAAUUUUGGCCCAGUCUUAAUGAAACUUGGUCAGAAUGUAACCUUCAAUAAAAUCUUGGACGAGUUCGACAUUGGGUCAUCUGGGGUUAAAAACUAGGUCACCAGGUCAAAUCAAAGGAAAAGCUUGUUAACACUCUAGAGGUCACAAUUUUGGCCCAAUCUUAACGAAACUUGGUCAGAAUGUUACCCUCAAUAAAGUCUUGGAAGAGUUUGAUAUUGGGUCAUCUUGGAUCAAAAACUAGGUCACCAGGUCAAAUUAAAAGAAAAGCUUGUUAACACUGUAGAGGCAACAUUUAUGUCCAUAUCUUAAUGAAACUUGGUCAGAAAAUUAAUCUUGAGACUCUAUAGGACAAGUUCAAAUCUGGGUCAGGUGGGGUCAGAAACUAGGUCACUAGGGCAAAUCAAAGGAAAAGCUUGUUAACACUCUAGAGACCACAUUUAUGACUAUAUCUUAAUGAAACUUGGUCAGAAUGUUAAUCUUGAUGAUCUUUAGGUCAAUGGGUCAGGUGAGCGAUACAGGGCCUUCAUGGCCCUCUUGUUUUACGUUGUUUUUGUACUCAUUUUACAGAAUGCAUAAUUGUUCUUAAACAUGCAAGUAAUUUACUAAAAUACUGCUCACAUUGUAUUCAUUUUAGCUUUCACUAAUAAGAGUGUGGUUGCAGCCAUUUCAGUUUAACAGUUGUCGUAUCAUCUUUCUCAAUUUUGAAUGUGUUAGAUUUACAUAUGAAAUAAUUAUAACGUACGUGUCAGGGAUAUUUUACUGCUUGAUGUACUAAUAUGUACUUUAGUGCAAUAUCUAAAGAUGUUAUUCAUAUCAUUAUAUACACAAAUGCUCGUCUCUAUUUUUCAAUAAAAUGUAUAUUCUUC